ACGGCGUAUUGCUAAACAUCUGUCGUCGUCGAUGAUCGCUCUCUUGCGAUGAGUCUCUUUUCGGCAGUGAUAAUCUAGAUUUUUAUCUGCGUUAGGACUGCCGCGGGUGAACUAUGUUGAUCGCGAAAGAUGCAAAAUACUGAAAAGACAAGGGAAAUGUUCAUCGUACGUGCUCUCGAGAAAAUCCUUAGCGACAAGGACAUCAAACGAUCACACCACUCCCAGCUGAAAAGGGCCUGUGAGGUGGCACUCGAGGACAUUCGCAAGGAGUUAAAAGAUGUGGACACGGAUUCGUCCUCUUCGGCUCUUCCACUGCCAAAGAACGAUGCUGCGAAUAUCGUUAGCGCAGAGAAAUACUUUCUUCCCUUUGAGCUGGCGUGCCAGAGCAAGGGGACCAGAAUCGUCGUCACCGCCCUAGACUGCUUACAAAAAUUAAUCGCUUAUGGCCACUUGACUGGGAAUAUUGUUGAUUCAACCAGCCCGGACAAAUUCCUAAUUAACCGGAUUGUGGAAACGGUUUGUGGUUGCUUCACAGGUCCCAAUACUGAUGAGGGUGUUCAACUUCAAAUCAUCAAGGCUCUACUUACUGUGGUGACCAGUCAGCAUGUGCAGAUCCACGAAGCAUCAAUCCUCUUGGCCGUCCGGACGUGUUACAAUAUCUACCUGGCCAGCAAAAAUUUAAUUAACCAGACAACUGCAAGGGCAACACUAACGCAGAUGCUGAAUGUAAUUUUUGCUCGAAUGGAAGCAUGUGCUGAGAGAAUUGACACAGCAGACAGCGAAAGUGGUGUUGACUCUUCGCAAACACCGUCCAUUCCAAAUGGUGAAAUACAAACAGAGGCUGAAGUGCACGCCGAAAUGAGCUUAUCAGAAGAAAACGUGGCGGAUGAUUCAAUCCCUGACGAGAGAAUUGUGCCCGGGGAGGAAAGUCUCUCAGAGGAGGAUGAAGUUAAAAAAGUUGCCACCUUGUUUGUCGACCAGCUUAUGGAGCAAGCAUUGCAAGGUGUUGCUUUGAAAUCGGACGAUUGCUCUGAAAUAGUUGAAAAUGGAAGAGCAGGAAGUGACAGCAUCAGCAGUCAGCCUUCCACAGGCUCUGCAGUCAACACAAGUGUCAGUGGUCGAACAACUCCCGCGCCAACACUUCCACGUGUUCCGUCACAGGAGAGCAUGGAUGUCACCGAGACCGAUGCUCCAGCCAGGUUCACCCACGUGACCCAAAAAGACGCCUUUUUGGUGUUCAGGGCACUCUGCAAACUGUCCAUGAAACCACUCCCCGACGGCAUACCAGAUCCAAAAAGUCACGAGCUCCGUUCCAAGGUGCUAUCCCUGCAGUUGCUGCUUGCAGUUCUGCAAAACGCUGGACCAACAUUUAAAUCAAGUCCUAUGUUCAUCACGGCCAUCAAGCAGUAUUUGUGCGUCGCCCUGUCCAAAAAUGGUGUCUCCUCAGUACCAGAAGUGUUUGAAUUGUCACUGGCGAUCUUCUUGGCGCUUCUCUCUAAAUUCAAGCAACACCUGAAAAUGCAAAUUGAGGUGUUUUUCAGGGAGAUUUUCCUCAAUAUCUUGGAGACUUCCAGUUCUUCAUUUGAGCAUAAGUGGAUGGUAAUGCAGGCGCUGACAAGAAUUUGUGCUGAUGCCCAGAGUGUGGUGGACAUUUAUGUCAACUACGACUGUGACCUGGCGGCUGCAAAUAUUUUCGAGCGCCUGGUGAAUGACCUUUCGAAGAUUGCCCAGGGCAGACAAGCCUUGGAACUUGGAGCAACGCCGAACCAGGAGAAAAGCAUGCGGAUCCGUGGUCUUGAGUGUCUUGUCAGCAUUCUCAAGUGCAUGGUGGAGUGGAGCAGAGACCUCUACGUCAAUCCCAUCUCUCAGACUAAUCUGGGCCAGGACGAGAAGCCCUCAUCGACUGCGAAAGAAAAUCACGUUGCCGCCAACCACCUGACGCCUUCCUCGGAUAACCCGCAGCAGUUUGAAGAGAAGAAGGCGCAGAAGGAGGUGUGGGAGCAGGGUAUCGAGAUGUUCAAUGCCAAGCCACUUUCAGGCCUUCGCUUUCUCGAGCAAAAUAAACUGCUCAACAGGGAAGCAAACAGUGUUGCCGAAUUUCUGCACAAUGAGGAAAGGUUGGAUAGAAACACCGUCGGCGACUUUUUAGGAGAAAACUCGGACUACUGCAAAGAGGUGAUGUGUGCAUACGUUGACCUGAUGGACUUCCACGGGCGGGACAUCGUUUCUGCACUUAGAAGCUUCCUCGAUGGUUUCAGACUCCCUGGGGAGGCGCAGAAAAUUGACAGGCUGAUGGAAAAAUUUGCAGCCCGAUAUUGGGAAUGCAACCCAAGUGAUGGUAUUUUUGCCAGCGCUGACACUGCCUAUGUCUUGGCCUAUUCUAUCAUCAUGCUUACGACUGACCUCCACAGCCCUCAAGUGAAGCAUAAAAUGAGCAAGGAGCAGUAUAUAAAAAUGAACCGAGGAAUCAACGACAGCAAAGACAUUCCUGCUGAAUAUUUGUCACAGAUUUACGACGAAAUUGCUGGCCACGAAAUCAAAAUGAAGGUUACAAGCUCCAACAAACCUGGCAAGCAAGUGAUCCAGAAUGAAAAGAAGCGGCGUUUUCUUUUCAACAUGGAAAUGGAGGCGAUUAGCAGUGCUGCUAAAAACCUGAUGCAGUCAGUGAGUCAUGUGCAAGCGCCGUUCACGUCCGCACAACACCUAGAACACGUCCGACCAAUGUUUAAGAUGGCGUGGACGCCGUUCUUGGCAGCCUUUAGUGUUGGAUUACAGGAUUGUGAUGAUCCUGAAGUUGCCACCCUCUGCUUGGAUGGAAUCAGGUGUGCCAUCCGGAUUGCCUGCAUUUUCCACAUGAAUCUGGAAAGGGACGCUUACGUUCAAGCCCUGGCGCGCUUCACCCUACUUACAGCCAACUCUCCAAUCACCGAAAUGAAGUCAAAGAACAUCGAUACCAUCAAAAUUUUGAUAACCGUAGCGCACACCGACGGCAACUAUCUGGGCAGCUCAUGGUUGGAUAUCAUCAAGUGCAUUUCCCAACUCGAGUUGGCCCAGCUUGUGGGCACCAGUGUCCGACCACAAGUGUUCUCCUCCUCCAAAUCGUUUUCCUCUUUUCUUUCGCCAUCCUCCUCUUUUCACAAUUAUGGCGACAGUUCGUUGAACCUCAACUCACUGGACCCUAGCGUCAAGGAGAGCAUUGGCGAGACAAGUUCUCAGUCUGUAGUAGUUGCUGUUGACAGAAUAUUCACUGGAUCCACGCGCCUAGAUGGAGAUGCGAUUGUUGACUUUGUCAAAGCUCUAUGCCAAGUGUCCUUGGAGGAACUGAGCAAACCCAAUCCUCGAAUGUUCAGUCUCCAGAAAAUUGUGGAGAUUUCGUACUACAACAUGGGCCGUAUCAGGCUGCAGUGGUCACGCAUCUGGCAAGUGAUUGGCGAGCACUUCGACCGGGUUGGUUGUUCCCCGAACGAGGACAUUGCCUUUUUUGCAGUUGACUCGCUGAGGCAAUUAGCCACAAAGUUUAUCGAGAAGGGGGAAUUCGCAAACUUCCGCUUCCAAAAAGAUUUCCUGCGGCCUUUUGAGACGAUUGCCAAGAAGAACCGAAGCGCCACAAUCAAGGAUAUGGUGGUGCGAUGCAUCACGCAAAUGGUCCAGUCUCAGGCCCACAACAUUCGGUCCGGAUGGAAAAACAUCUUUAGUGUUUUCCAUCUGGCAGCUGCUGACUCCGACGAGCCCCUGGUGGAGCUCGCCUUUGUUACAACGGGAAAGAUCAUAAACAAUCUAUACGAGCAGCAGUUUCCAGUUAUGAUUGAUUCAUUCCAAGAUGCAGUCAAGUGCCUUUCAGAAUUUGCUUGCAACGCUGCCUUCCCCGACACAAGCAUGGAGGCCAUUCGACUUCUCAGAAUAUGUGCCAAAUAUGUUGUGGAAAAGCCACAGCUCUUCAUGGAGCACAACAUGGAGCAAGACAUGCAAGUUUGCGAAGAAGAUAGACCAUGGGUGCGCGGCUGGUUUCCACUCUUAUUUGAACUUUCUUGCAUAGUAAACAGAUGCAAAUUAGAUGUCAGGACGAGAGCUCUCACUGUGCUCUUUGAAAUCAUCAAAACUUACGGCGACACCUUCAAACCCAACUGGUGGCGCGAUUUGUUCCAAGUUCUCUUCAGAAUAUUUGACAACAUGAAGCUGCCUGAACAACAAACAGAGAAAGCGGAGUGGAUGACGACGACAUGUAAUCACGCCCUUUACGCCAUCGUGGACGUCUUUUCUCAAUACUUUGACGUCCUUGGUCCUCUACUUCUUGAAGACCUCUACACCCAACUGAUUUGGUGUGUGCACCAAGAUAACGAGCAGCUGGCCAAAUCAGGCACCAACUGCUUUGAAAACCUGGUCAUAUCCAACGGAUCCCGCUUCACAGAAGAAAUCUGGAACAAGACUUGCGCCUGCCUGGCCAGUUUGUUCACCCUUUCAUGUCCUUUGCUUGGUCACCACAUCAACAAAAAAGUUGAAAUCUUUGGUGGAAUUUAUACGGUGCGCUCUCAAGAGAGCUUCGAUGAAAUCCUCAAGUACGAUCCGGAUCCUAAAAAGUUUUCUGCUUUCCUUAUACAAAGCAUGGUGUUCCAAGAAGUGAUGGUCACAGUGGAAAAUUUCAUUUUCUUCCCCUUCCACCCCGACGAGUCUGAAAAGGCAACUUCAAUGAGUGAUUCGGAUAGUGUAAAGACAACUGAAAUUCCUGGCAUGUACAGCAAAAUGAGUUCUAAGCACCUGUUGAACAUCGUCAGCCAUCUAUACAAUUGCAACCAAAUCGUUUCAAAUCUUGACAGCAAUACUGCUGUCCAAGGUGCUCUUUGGAGGGCUGUGCAAGACGUAGACAUUGCGCAGAUGCCACUUGCCAGCUGGACUGUGCAAACUAAAGAAAAGUUACUGCCGUUGAAUGAAAAUUCCAAGCCGAGAAUCAUGCGAAUGGCUGGAUUUGAGGGCGGGCCUAAUAUUUCUGCCUUUACUCAUGAGUACCGAACAAUGUCGAUAUGCAUGAAAAUAAUGUUUGCCAUUCUCCGGGAUCCACUCAGACAAGAUGUUCAUAAAGAAGUGAAAGAAAUCCUGCUAGAGCAAUCUGUGUUGGUCUUGCAGAAAUUUUUACAUCUCACAGAUGCGUAUCAACUCGAAAGAUGGGCUAGACUGUUUAAGCUCAUUAUGGUCAACAUUUGUGAACUCCCAGACGCAGAGUUCAAAGACUACGCUGCUGUCCACUACCCCAUGCUGUGUUACAUCCAGUGCAAGGACAUAAGUCCCGAGCUCCGCCUUCUUCUGAGCGAAUACUUCCUUCGCCUGGGAACUGUGUUUCAAGUGACCGAUAAGGCGCUUGCCGACUACCUAGAUAACACCACUAAUUCCUUGCAAAAGCUCCUCGCCGCGCCUACUUUGUUAUAUUCAGAACAUUUGCGGAGAGUUGAAGAGGUCGCCAAAGAAGUGCCCAGCCAGCAUAGACCUAUAGACAAGAUGACUGUCACUGCGUAUGUUUUGAAAAAUUACAGUGAACUGUAACGAAUUUGUGAUACACAAACACACUAGUAGUGCAGAGGGACAAGGAAUAUAAUGCAAAACAGCUUUUGGCCGUAUUGACAAAACUGACCCACUCGAUGAGCGUCUCGUUAGCCCCGGUUCUUUAUAUUGAGUCAAGACUGUUCCCAAACAAUCAAAAUAUGUGUUGAUUGCUCAAUACCGUAAAUCCAAUUGGUGAACUAUUUUACAUUGCGAUUUGUCUAAAAUUGCAAAUCAGUUUUCUGUGGAAGACGUCAUUGAGUGGCAGUAGUUUUGCUGAAAUCGAGGGGCAGCGUUUGUUCAAGAAGUGCCAAGGAGUUUUGUCGUGGCUCUUUCACAUUUUUUUAAUAAUUUAUCAUUCCAAAAUCGUCCCUCAUUAAGAAGUAAUGUGUUGAUAAGUGCAAUUAAUUAUUAUCUCACUUUUCAAACGAAAUUUGUCUAGCAUGUUUGUAGCCAAUAAUUUAUUACGUUAUCUUUUUGCUGUGCAGCCGUUAUUGUAACAAUAAAGUUUAAAUAAUUUAACUUC